AUGAUUCACCCACUCGCCAUCCUCUCCGAAGCGGAGACCAACCUGGCCCGUGAUGUGGUCAAGGCCGCCCAUCCUGGCACCGUGAUUGAUUUUCGCGAAAUCUUCUUACAGGAACCGCCCAAGGCACAAGUGCAGCAAUUCCUGGCUCUUGAGCACGCUGGUCGGCUGAGCCCGACUACUCCGCGGCCGCCGCGCCUGGCGUUGUGCCAGUAUGAUGUGAUCGGGGCCGAUCGUAUACCCCAGUUUCACGAGUCAGUUGUGGACACGGUCUCGCGCACCCAGGUCAACCACACGGUGGUCGGGAAACAACAUCAUGCCAGCUUGGUAUUGAGCGAGUUCGAUGUCCUCUUGGACCAAUGCAACAAGUCUCCCUUGUUCCAGAAGGCCCUAGCCGAUUUUGAUCUGCCAGACGGUUUUGAAGUCGUGAUUGAACCGUGGCCCUAUGGCGGAUUGGAUCUCACCGAUGGAAACCGGCGCUAUUUUCAGGGCCUCUGCUUUGCCCAGGACAAGCGGUCGGGCAACGAAGACUCCAACUUCUAUUCUUUCCCUUUGCCUGUGAUUCCCGUCAUGGACGCACACACCCACGAAAUUAUUCGUGUGGACCGGCCAGCUACCGGCGGCAAAGGCGAUGGGCUGCUGGAACAGACCUUCAAGCGUGAUAUCAUCGGCCAUUGCAAGCCUUCCGAAUACAUUCCUGAGUUGCUGCCCGAAGGACCGCGAAAGGACCUCAAACCGUUAAAUGUCGUUCAGCCGGAGGGACCCUCUUUCCGCGUGACGGACGAGUCCUUGGUCGAGUGGCAGAAGUGGCGGUUUCGUGUUGGAUUCAAUCCGCGAGAAGGCGCCACUAUCCACGACAUAUGGUAUGACGGCCGCAGUGUGAUGUACCGGCUGGCAAUCAGCGAGAUGACGGUCCCCUACGCCGAUCCGCGUCCCCCAUUUCAUCGCAAGCAGGCAUUCGAUUUUGGCGACGGUGGUGGCGGCAACAUGGCCAAUAACCUAUCCCUGGGCUGUGACUGUCUCGGGGUCAUCAAAUACUUCGACGCCGUGAUCACCCAGGCAAAUGGUACCGCCCAGACUCUUCCCAACGCCAUCUGUCUCCACGAACAGGACAACGGUAUUGGAUGGAAGCACUCCAACUGGCGGACUGGCCGUGCGGUAGUCACCCGUAACCGCGAGCUGGUCGUGCAGUUUAUAAUUACACUGGCGAACUACGAGUAUAUCUUCGCCUACAAAUUCGACCAGUCCGGUGGUAUCACCGUCGAGGCACGCGCAACUGGGAUCCUGAAUGUCGUCAACAUCGACCCAGGCAAGGUCAGCGAGUACGGCAACGUGGUCAGCGGUGGUGUUCUGGCCCAAAACCAUCAGCACAUCUUUAAUGUUCGGAUUGACCCGGCCGUUGAUGGGCCGCAGAACUCAGUGGUAGUUGAAGAAUCGCACCGAGUGCCCAUAAAUGCUGUCACCAAUCCCAACGGGAACUUCUAUCAGGUCGUCAAGCAGACGGUGGAUCGUGCGACAUGGCUCGAUGCCGCCCCGGAACACAAUCGGACCAUUAAGAUGAUCAACCCACACAGAACGAACCCGAUUAGCGGAAAUCCGGUGGGGUACAAGUUCACUCCGUUACCCACGCAGUUGCUGUUGGCGGAUCCCCAUUCGGUACAAGCGCGGCGUGCCCAGUUUGCCCAGCAUCACGUCUGGGUCACCAAGUACCAAGACGGGGAACUCUAUGCCGGCGGGCGGUAUACGUUGCAAAGCCAGAACGAGGUGGGCGGAGUCGCAGAUGCUGUUCGCCGGGGAGAGGCUGUGGUCGAUACAGACGUUGUGGUAUGGAAUUCAUUUGGCAUCACGCACAACCCGCGAGUAGAGGACUGGCCCGUCAUGCCCGUGGAGAUCUUCCAGCUUAUGAUCCGUCCUGCGGACUUCUUUACCGCGAACCCGUCAAUCGACGUGCCGUCAUCGAAGAACGGAUCGUCACGGUUGGCAGACUCCGAAUGCUGCCGCAAGUCACAUAUCUGA